GGCGAAUAGGUUGCCAAUUUGUGUUCGGUGAAGAACGGGUUGAUAGUUCAUCGCUAAUACAGCAUUUUAUAUGUCGACUAUACGUUGGUAAUAAGUCAUGCACAAGUCAACCGAUCUGAAGGGCCUAUAGUGAAUUUUAACCAAAGAAGUUAUAAAUUCGUGGUUAUGAUGGUAGUGUCAGGCUGCCAGUGGUCAUAGCCAUAGCGUGUCUAAAUUGCAGAGUAUGGUAGUCAACAACACCAAUUUAGUUCGAACAUAUUGAUUAUCAUACCAACUGAAAUAAUGUCGAUAAAAACAAAGGUACCAAUAUCUAGGAGAUGUAAUAAAAACUGGCAUGAAUUUUUCCACUUUCCGAAUACUAUUAAUACUGAAGGGGUGUCUCGUGAUGGAAUUUUUAAAAAUAGACAGAAAGCAGACGACGCAUUUUCUGAUAUAGAAUCAGAGCCAUUUUCAUUUGAACUUCAAUCUGUCAAGAAUGAUGACGUAGAUUUAAAUUUAUCUUCAUCAGACCGGACAGAAACAACACCAACAUGUCGGUCAACAAGGAAAUAUAACAGACCGAUUUCAGCAACUGAUAAAGUUGAUGUAGCAUUUGGAAAAGGAGAGGAGAAACUUCAAAGUGUUUCUGAUUAUUAUGAUACCUUUGAAUAUGACUUUAACUAUUUCUUUUUAUUUCUUGGAAUCGUUUCUGUGAUAGUAUUUAUUCUUGAUAUUGUAAGUGAUGUUUAUCUUGCCUUUAAAUAUUUUGAAGAUGGACACCUUAUAUUUGGACUCACAACAACAUUUUUGACAGCUGGCCCAUCGUUUGUUAUGUGUUGUUUAGGUAUACACUGGUACAUAUUAGAUUAUAGAUCAGAAAAAAUUAUUAUACAAGAACAUCAAAAGGCAAGAAACUGUUGUGAACCUGCUCAUCAGACAACAACAUGUUUAUGGAUUUUACGUUUUCUUUGUACAAUUUUACAAAUAGGGCCUCUGAUAAGAACAGUUGAAUAUUUAUAUUAUGGAUGCAUGUCGAUGAACAAGAAACUCUCAAGAGAGGAAAAAAUUAGGUACCAUCGAUGGAUGCUGUAUGAAGAUCUUGAUGCUUGUCUUUUACGCCUGUUUGAAAGUUUUUUGGAGUCAGCUCCCCAAUUAAUUUUUCAACUGUAUGCAUGGGCAACUCUAAAACCUAGCGAAGAUGUCGUAAGUUUAUCAAUAAGAAUAACAGCACUACUGAUGUCCUGGGCUAGUCUGAGUAUUUCACUUGUAUCUUAUCAUAAAUCACUGCGAUAUUCCCGUAAAGAGAAGAAAAACUUGUCAUUAUUAGCAACACCUGUGUAUUUUAUAUGGAGAGCAUGUGAAGUUGGUGCGCGACUACUGUGCCUGUCCUUUUUUGUGACAGCAUUUCAAGCAUGGAUAUUUUUGCCAGUAUUACUGCAUUGGGUGGCAGUAACUAUUUGGAUAAUUAAACAAAAUACUAAAUUCUAUGACAAUCGUUGUUUUGAAACAAUAUUUAAUAUUAUAUGUGGUUAUGUUAUGAUUUUUUGUUUUUUAAAUCUUCGAGAAGGGCAUACACGUUUUCGUUACCUGUGGUUUUAUAUAGUGUUCUAUUUUGAGAACUUUUUCAUGCUUGGUAUUUGGUGGCAAGCUAUACCACUUGGUGAUUGGUAUGAUUUCUAUGGGUUUAUUUUAAUCUUUAUUUUAUCAGUUUUACAUAUUAUUGUUCAGCUUAUUUAUUAUAAAUUUUCGCACCCAAGUAAAAUAGAUAUAUGCUUGCCAUGGAAUAGAAAUCUCUGCUAUGAAUCUGUUUGUCAUAGUUUAGAUGAAGAUGAAAAACAAAUGAAAAAGCCACACCAUUUAGAUCAACAGGUUGUUGUUAAUAAUGGAUAGAAAAAGCUUUGUACAUGCAAUGCAAGCAAUAGCAUAAUAUAGUGCUUUUAAUGUUUUCAGAAUUAAAAAAAUAAGACACAUUUUUAUUUACUGAUAGAGAAUGUGCUUUUGAUUUGAUCUGAUUUUUAUACGCCCACAUGGAAAUGUGGUCAUAUAUUGCCGUCGCCUCUGUCCGUACGUCCGUCGUCCACAAUUUCUUGUGAACACUCUACAAACUACUUUUAUCAUCUGAUUGUUUUGAAAUUGAUAUAUUAUGUUGUUUACAUUAGUGAGAUGAAGAACCCUAUUUAAUAUCAAUAAUUUUCGUUAAUUUCUUCUGGAGUUAUGGCCCUUGUUUCACUUUGUUGAACCUUGUGAACACUCUAAAAGUUAUCAUCUGAUCUGUAUGGAAUUUGCAUCAUUUAAAUUACUGACAUGAAGAAGCCUAUUAAAUUUCAGCAAUUUCCGUUAAUUACGUCUAGAGUUAUGGCCCUUGUUUCACUUUGUUGAACCAUGUAAAUGCUCCAGCGACAAAAGUUAUCAUCCGAUCUGUAUGGAAUUUAUAUGCAUCAUUUAAAUUAGUGAAACGAAAAAGCCUAUUGAAUUUCAGCAAUUUCCUUUAAUUACAUCUAGAGUUAUGGCCCUUGUUUCACUUUGUUGAACCUUGUGAAACGACAAAGCCUAUUGAAUUUCAAUAAUUUUCGUUAAUUUCUUCUGGAGUUAUGGCCCUUGUUUCACUUUGUUGAACCUUGUGAACGCUCUAACAAAUAAAGUUAUCAUCCGAUCUGUAUGAAAUUUAUAUGCAUCGUUUAGAUUAGUAAAACAAAGAAUCAUAUUGAAUUUCAACAAUUUCCGUUAAUUUCGUCUUAAGUUAUGGCCCUUGUUUCACUUUUUUGCGCCUUGUAAAUGCUCUAACAGCAAUAGUUAUCAUCCGAUCUGUAUGAAAUUUACACAGAUCAUUUAAAUUAGUGACACCAAGACUCCUAUUGAAUUUCAGCAAUUUCCAAUAAUUAUGUCUAGAGUAAUUGUCCUUGAACCUUGUGAACAUUAGAAACACGAAACUUAUCAUCUGAACCGUACGAAAUUUAUAUGCAUCAUUUAAAUUCGUGAAAUGAAGAAUCCUAUUGAAUUUCAGCAUUUUCAAAUAAUUACUUGUAGAGUUAUGGCCCUUGUUGAACCUUGUGAAUGCUCAAAUGAUGAAAGUUAUUCAAUCUGUAUGAAAUUUAUAUGCAUUAUUUAAAUUAGCGUAGUGAAAUCAAGAAUCCUAUUGAAUUUCAACAAUUUCAGUCGAUUACUUCUAAAUUUAUAGCCCUUGUUUCAAUCUGUAUGAAAUUUAUAUGCAUUAUUUAAAUUAGCGUAGUGAAAUCAAGAAUCCUAUUGAAUUGAAGCAAUUUCAGACAAUUACUUCUAAAUUUAUAGCCAUUGUUUUACUUUGUUGAACUAGAGAACGUUCAAAUGGCAAAAGUUAUAAUCCAAUCUGUAUGAAAUUAAUAUACAUUAUUUGAAUUAGUAAAAUGAAAAAGCCGGUCAAAUUUCAACAAUUUCUUCCAGAGUUAAGGCCCUUAUUUCAGUUUGUAGAACUUGUGAACCCUCAAACGACGAAAGUUAUAAUCUGAUCUGUAUGGUUUUGUCUUGUAAAUAAAUGUCCCCAAUUAUCUUCAAAAGAAUAAAGGUACGAUAACCCUUGUCGACCGCUCAGACGAUUUAGCUGCUGUGGGCGUAUGUUUCGUUACCUGGCAACCUAUCUUUUGUGAUAUAAACCAGAGCUUCUAUGGUAUUGGUGAUCAUACUUGUAGGUUUUGAAAUACACUAGAUUUCUACUGAUCUUCAAAAGUAGAGAAAUUGCCACAUCUCUAAAAAUACUCCCUCCAAUAUGGCAUACAUGUAUAUACUGACGGGAAAUAACAGUUUCUGAAAACAUAAUGUCAAAACAUAGCAUAAUAAAUAUUGGUCAAAUUUCAACAAUUUCUUCCAGAGUUAAGGCCCUUAUUUCAGUUUGUAGAACUUGUGAACCCUCAAACGACGAAAGUUAUAAUCUGAUCUGUAUGGUUUUGUCUUGUAAAUAAAUGUCCCCAAUUAUCUUCAAAAGAAUAAAGGUACGAUAACCCUUGUCGACCGCUCAGACGAUUUAGCUGCUGUGGGCGUAUGUUUCGUUACCUGGCAACCUAUCUUUUGUGAUAUAAACCAGAGCUUCUAUGGUAUUGGUGAUCAUACUUGUAGGUUUUGAAAUACACUAGAUUUCUACUGAUCUUCAAAAGUAGAGAAAUUGCCACAUCUCUAAAAAUACUCCCUCCAAUAUGGCAUACAUGUAUAUACUGACGGGAAAUAACAGUUUCUGAAAACAUAAUGUCAAAACAUAGCAUAAUAAAUAUUGUUUGUCUUCAGGUAAUUAGAGCAUUUUUGUGACAAUAAAUUCAUUAAAGUA